AUGUCGCCCCAAGGUUUCGCAAUCAUCAUCGGCGCUGGCCCCACAUCCGGAGCGGGCAUCGCCCGAGUCUUGGCCAGCCCCGACCAUGGCAACCUCGCCGUUGCGCUCCUCGCCCGGAACCCGGAUAAUCUGUCUUCGCUGUGCUCAGAUCUGAGAAAGACCUCCCAAGGUGUCUUCCAGCCGUUCCCGACCGACACCGGUGCCGACAAUCUCCGUCGCACCUUCAAGCAGAUUGCCGAGCAUGAUAAUUUCAAGGAUCUGAAGCUCAAGCUCGCCGUCUACCACGUCAAGCACAGCAGCAAGAAGCCGUUCCUCGAGGAAACGGCAGAGGCAUUCACCGACAGCAUGCAGACGUACACGACGGGAGCCUUCGUCUUUGCUCAAGAGGCGCUGAAGCUGUUUUAUGCGCAGAACGGAGGCCAGACGCUGCUGUCCGAGACCAACGGGGAGAAGAAGGGCACCAUCAUCUUCACCGGCACGCUGGGCGCCAUGAGAGCGAAUGUUGGAUUCGCCGCCUACGGUGCCACGCGCGCCCGGCGCGGAUGGUGUCGCAGGCCGUGGCCAAGGAGCACAGCAAGUUUGGCGUGCAGUGCGUGCAUGCUAUUGCGAACGGCGGCAUCAUCGAUGCAGAUAAUGAGGACACUCGCACGGCCCAGCUCGCUUUGGGUGCAUGAGCUCGGCCUGCGGCCUGCACAGGAGGCUUUCUAA